AUGACGACAAUCACCUCCAAAACAGAUACUGUAUCAAUUUCUGAUCUCUCAAGACGGCAAGGCCUCUCCUUCCAGCCACACUGCACUCUAGUUAACAGUAUCCCCAGCAUGACCACUGCAGGAUGGGAUCUUCCACCUCCAAUUGCUUCCCCUGUGAAAGGAGAAUGGAAAUCGCGUCCAAUGAGAUGGAGAACGCCUCAAAGGAUUGCGAGCUUGAACACUGGAGAAACCACAACCUGUCAUCCCAUUUUGGUAUUGGAACGAUAUCUGGUUGUUGCUGGGACAGGUUUUGUGUCUCUCUUCUCGUUAGAACAAGUGGAUCUUGAUCUGGAGGUUUCUUCCUCUUCGACUCUCACAGUGUCAUCCGAGUCGAAGCAGGCUUAUUGGAAGUAUCAGUCACCCACGGCGAGACUUGACCUGGAUCGAGAUGCCACCAUUAUUCAGCUUUUGGAUUCCAAAAGCAUUGGCGAUGACGACGAGGAAGAAAGUGGCUUCGGCAUACUUGAGACUGCUGUAGAAACUGCUGUGAUUUCAGAGGGCGAAAGUGCAGACAAAUCAUCACGAACUUCAUCCACAUCACAUUCGAUAUUUGCACUGUCUGAAGAAGGCGAUGUGUACCACUUGCAAAUAGUCUUACCCAUCAGUAAGAGUCCCAACAGCAAUGAUAACGAUCCAUCAUCAGAAGCCGAUGCAGCAGCAACUUUGUUUUGCGCCGACUCAUGGAACACCGGGACCUUUGGGCCCACUUGCUUUCAAACAUUGCACUGGGGUAAGGAGUAUCCAGAGAACUUGUCCAUGGUGAUAGGAUACGAAUCAGGACACUUGGAAGGGUGGAGAAUUAGCAACAGUCCGAUAACAGUGUCCACGCCCAAAGGAUCACCAGUACGAAGAUCAAGCUCAACCUCCAGUCCCAGCAAGAGAGUCAUGACCACGGAGAGAGACAUGGCCAAUCGAACCAAAAGCAAGAGUGCUGAUGGCAAGGAAGAGAUAAUGGGAGAUUCAACCUUAUUUUUCACUAUGCAGUGGAGGGGAUACCUCCAUCAAGCUCCAAUUCGAUCUCUAACGGCGUUGGGACAACAAGCGAAAGUCACCAAAGAGUCAUUCGAGGCUGACGAACGAACCGAUGUCAAGACCAGCCUAGUCCUGACUAUGGAAAUUCCAGAGAAUUCUCCCGAGAUGCAAGGGACAGCCUCCAUGGUGGAUGUUCUUGAGAUAGAUUUCAAACUUUUGCACAUUAAAUUCAUCUCCAACAAUCGAAGGAGCUUACGUUUGUUCCCCUACCUGGAAAUGCCUACCGGCGGUAUGGAAUUUGUCGAUUCGUCAACAGUGGGAGGGACAACCAUCCUUUCGGGUAUGGAUAUUUCCGGUAGUGGACAAGACGGAGAAAGCGGAACUGCAAACAAUGCAAUGGAAUAUUUUCCCAAGCGAUUAUCCAUGCUACCGAGUCAAGGCACAGACUCGUCAAUAUCAUUGAGCUUUGGGAAACAGUGCGGUGUCUCCUUAUCGGAUGGAACUGUUGCAAUUUUGUCCUCGAAUACAGAAAUUGGACGGUCGACAUCCUCAUGGGGUAUUACCAAAGAUGUGCACCAGCUGCUUUUGUCCUACCCCGCCAUUGGUUGUGGAAGUAUACACAUGCAACACCACGGAGGCGAUUAUGUACAAACGGAACAUGAAACUAGCAAAAAGGAGUACAUUGCUUGCUGUCUUCGAGGUGGAACUUGUUUUCUAAUCCCAAUUGUGGAUGAGGAAGUGCAACAAGACAUUGUUGCCAUACCGUAUCUCCACGAUAUCGAUGCGGAUUGGACAACGGUCUAUCUUCAAGGUUUUACUGCUGGUGACCUUCGAGUCACAACCAACAGCAGCGAUACAAUAAGGCACCAAUCCGUCCCGAUUGUAGUCUACGCAUUGGCAGGCGGCACCCUUGACGUCUACGCCUGUAGCUUGAUGCAUCGUCCUAUGCCAGAUAUCGAGAAAGCUGCCGCUGACGAGGAGAAGCAUGAGUGCUUGUCUAGUCUGGUGCAACAAGGCGAUACACUUUCAAUUGUAUCGAAACUCUUGGAACAAAUGAACAAAGACGAGAACGAUCCGCUGUGGGAAGAGCCUUUGUGGAAAGAGACCCACGAAGCCUUCCAAUCAUCAGAAAUAUUACCAACCGCCAUCACAAUGGAUCAGAUACAGUCCCCUAUUUUCGCAUCGUUCAAGAGGCUACUGCUGAGUCUAGCUAGUAGUUGA